AUGCAAAAGUACAUGUAUGAGAAAGCGAUGGCCCAAGAGACAAGGAACGGAGGAACCUCUACGUUAAACAACAACAAUGGUGUUGACAACAGUAAGAAGAAACUGCUAAUAGCGCUCGACAUCUUCUGUCUUCUACUUGCUAGCCUGCCUUUCCUGAUCAUUGAGACUAGCACCAUAAAGCCGUACCAGCGUGGGUUUUACUGUUUGGACGAGUCCAUCCGCUACCCCCGAAAAGAGGGAGACACCAUUAGCGAUGCCGUGCUUACUGGUGUUGGCAUUCUUAUUGCCAUCUUCUCUAUUGUGAUUGGAGAAUGCUUCAGGAUUCACCAGCUACAUGAGGGAACCAAGUCUUUUGUUGGGAAUCCCUAUGUCGCAGCUCUCUACAAACAGAUGGGCGUGUUUCUUUUCGGAUGUGCCGUCAGUCAGUCGUUCACAGAUAUUGCCAAGGUGUCAGUGGGUCGUAUGAGACCCCAUUUCAUAGAUGUUUGUAAACCAGAUUUCUCCACCAUUAACUGUUCAUUGGGAUACAUCACCAACUAUACCUGCACUGGUGAAGAGAGUGACGUACAGGAGGCCAGGAAAUCCUUCUUCUCAGGACAUGCCUCUUUCUCAAUGUUUACCAUGCUCUACCUGGCUUUUUAUCUCCAGUCCAGAUUUACAUGGCGUGGCGCUCGUCUCCUCCGCCCACUGCUCCAGUUCACCCUGUUGAUGAUGGCUUUUUACACCGGCUUAUCUCGUGUCUCCGAUCACAAGCACCACCCGACUGAUGUCCUGGCAGGCUUUGUGCAGGGAGCCCUGGUGGCAUACUGCAUAGUGUUCUAUGUGUCAGACCUGUUUAAACCCCGGGUGAAGCCAGCCACGCCCCCGCCCUCCCCCAUCAAGAAGGAGCUGCUCCCUUCAUCCGACAUCAUUGACAGGAACAACCACCACAACAUGGUGUGAGAGAGGCGAACAACUUCUUCCUGUGACUGAGGAGCCAAUCACAAUGCUGCUCACCUCCCAUCGGACAGUAGAAUGUAGCGACGAGAGACUGUAGCUGCUUCUCAAAUGGCAUCCUCCAUCCCUUUUACGGUGCCCAGCGUGGCGCUUUGUGGAUGAGGGUGUCAGAUUUGAGAUUUGCACAGCAGAGUCCACUCUCACUAUCCAGACUUAUUAUUUACCAUUAUGUUAACUACUAAUCAACUUUUGAGCCCAUCGUUUUGAGCACAAACAGAAAAGAAUUUGAAGCUAAAAGACGAAAUGAAUUAAGAAAUUGAUGACUUGACAGGCAGAGCUGAGGGUGUGGAGGUUUGAUGGGGAAAACACUUGUGAAUAAAGACAAAAUAAGAAGAGACAAAAAGACAUUUAAAAAAGACAAACCCCCUGCCUAGGGAGAGAAGGAUUUCCAGUGAUGCUCCCUCUCUGAACUCUCUGUGGCCUUGGAUCGCCGUAGGACAACAACUUCCUUAGCUACGGGGAAGGAUAUUACUGCAAUAAAUAGCAGCAUAGAAAUAUUAACAGUAUAGAAAAAUAUAACUUAUAGCACUGUUUUUAAGUUCAUUGUCCAUUAUCACCACUUGCUGCCUGAGAUGUCUAACUGGAAGAAAACUUGAUGAUGCUGACAUCCACGAGACAAAAAUAUGAACUGCUAGAAGCCGACUGAGCCUGGUGUGGUUAGCAUAGCAUGGCUUUAAUAACAUUAACCCUGUACCAGGCCACUGUAGGGAUCAUAUACUGAUCUUCUUAGACCUGUAUAACAGGUUUCAGAGUAGUCCUUUGGCUGUCUGUGAAACUUUUGACUGAUUGGCAAUACAUCAGUGACCCAAUAAACUGUGCCUCCAAUCUCAAAUAUUUCUGUCUCCAGAUCAGCAUGUCAAGCUUUCUGUAGUGGACUUUCAGAGCAGCCCAAACCCGGGAUGUUGCAUUUCUUGAGGGUUAGAUGUAGUAAAGGUAAAUUUUCUGUGGAAGGAGGGAGGCAGAUCUCCCAGCCUCCCAGCACCAGUAUAAGAGGUGUGGCUGUGCCAUGCCACUUCCUGGUGUUUGGGCCAUCUGUUUGACUUCCUAAACAGGAAGGGGAUGGGUGGGCAGAGUGAAGGGGUGCGGUCUGUCACCAUGGAAGGUGGGUGAUGAUUUUACAGCAAAGCUGGCACAUUAUUUUGGGAUGAUUUGGGCUCUUUCUGCUGGCAGGGAGGGGCUCCCACCCACCCAAUCACUCAUUGGCGAUGGAGUUUUGUCUCUUAGUGUGUGUGUAUGUGUGUCCUGUGCUCUCCUGUGCUUGCAUGGGUACGCUUGUGCUUGUACAUGUACAUCUCGUGUGUGUGAAUUUGUGUGUACAUGUAUGAGCCCUGUUGAUAAACUUUGUGUGUGUCAAAUGAAACACACACACAGUCAGCUGUGCCAAGGGUGUGCGUGUGUGUGUCUGUGUGUCUGUGUGCCACUGUGUGUCAGAGCAAGUGAGCAGGUGAACAUUAAAAAACUGUGGAUCUAUAAUUUUUAUUCUCUGCUAAGGAGCAUCUUUAACCUUGUAUGUUUAUAGCCUGUCCUGUAUAAUCACUAACAGUUGUACAGUACAGAUACAGAAGCCCUUUUUUUUUACAGCCUACUCAGAUAUCCUCCAACAACACACUCCGCCAUGUUGCACAUCUUUCUCAUCGUAUAGUCCGUCCUAUCAUUUCACAAUGCCGUUUUCACUCUGUUUUUAUAAAUAUAUAAAUAAUGUAUAGAUCACUAAAAUUAACUCUGUAAGAUAUCGUUUCUUAACAUGUUUAGAUAUAUCCACUAUGAUUACAGACCUGUGUUCUAUACAAAAUGCUGCUUAAAAAGCAUCGAUUGAAAGAUUUUGUAUCUAGAUAACUAAACUAUUGUAGGUUGUAAUAGUUAUGUUUGUAAUACACGUUAAAAAAUACACCCUGUAUUAAAGUUCAAUAUUAGUAUUUUUUUAUUGUCUCGUUUUUUGUACAAAAAGACAUAGUUGCAAUGCUGUUUUUUCUGCUAAAUGUACUUAGCUCUAAUACAUGUGCUUUUAAAUAAAAAGCUCAUUAUGAACACAA